GUGGCCCAUUUCCUGUUUUAAAACCUAAUUGGGCUAAUUUUUUUCGAACUCGUCCUGUGCGAGGCGGAGACACGAAGAUACAUUUUUAUCACCGACCUUUUAUACAGCAUCAGAAGAUAAAUAUUCAGUGUGAAAAGCGUUUUUUUUAAGAGGGGUGUAGAGAGGAGGAUGCUCUAAUCCAGCCUCCACCUCCCCUCUCCUACAGCACGUAGUCUGGUUGAUUUCACUUUUCAUUUCACACACACCCCUCCUCUCUGAUCCGCCCUGACAUCCAGGAGCCUCCCCAUACAGCUUCCCAUCCAUCCCAGCACACUGCGCUGGAGCGAGGCGCUACACCACCGCUUCUCCGGCGUUCACAUUCAAUAUUGUUGGAUUUCAUGCAAGCGGAGCGACUUUGCACGUACAUCGCGGCCGUAGAGGGAUGUUUUGUCGUAUCUGAGCUUUUUUUUUUUUUUUUUUUUUUGCACCUGAGAAUAACGAUGCCACAGGCAGGCACACUCCGGAUGUGUUGAGACAGACGCCGGAUUAAAAAGGUGAACUACAGGCAGCACACACAGGACUGGACCACAAACAGAGGCUUCAUUUUUGCUGUCAGCAUGGCUGUGAACAUGAUGCCAACUCCCGCCAUUUGGCCAGGGGAGGACCAACCGUCGCUGCUGGAUGAGGAGGCCUCUCUGACGAGCCAAGCCCCCAUCUCUGUGCCAUGCCCACCAGUCAGAGGUGAACCACUCAUCCACAGCGGCAGCAGCAGCCCGGUCAGCACACGGCCUCCCCGCAGCAAAUCCAAAGGCGAGCUAGUCAUAGUCAUCAACGAGAAGCUGCAGAACAGUAACGGGAUCCACCAAACGCCCGCAGAGAGCGCCUCCCCAGUAAUCUGCUCUCCUCCCAGAAGACAACACUCCAUCUCUUACCCCCAUCACAACAAGACCAGGAAGGGGAGCAGGGCGAGCUCCAUCGGCUACACCGCCUUCUCGCCCAGGCCGUCGCUUUCUCGCCACUCAAGCAUCGCCACCAACCCACCCUUAGACCGCACCAAGGUCAAAGACUACCUCCUACUCUCUGUGCUGGCCUGCUUCUGCCCCGUCUGGCCCAUCAACAUCGUGGGAUUUGUCUACUCCAUCAUGUCCAAGAACAGCCUCGAGCAGGGAAACCUGGACGGCGCCGUGCGUCUGGGGCGUGUGGCCAAGAUGCUCUCCAUGGUGUCACUAGUAGGAGGGACGGUCAUUAUCAUCGCCUGCAUUGUCAACCUCGCCAUAAAUGUGAAAACCUGAGUUUCAUCCCAGGAUGAAACUGGAUAAGGCAACUGACCGUCUGGCCCGCACCUGCACCACCGUCUUUACCGCCUAGUCAUUACCUGGAUGUGUGACAAAUAUGCACCCGAUAUACAGUGCUUACUUGUAUUUCUGUAAUCUAUAUAAAUCCCUUUUUGCUAAUGGAAGAAAAUAAAAUAUGCAAAUGCUGCUGCUGUGGGUCAGGGGAGGAGGGUUUGUCUGUUAGAUGGAGAAGGGAGUAGACAGUCUAAUCAGCCCCUUCGUAUUCUGCUCAACACAUUCAGAACGGAUCUUGAGAAACUCUUCCCAUCAUCACCCGCGGAACUGACUCCGACAAAGUGGACUAGAAAAUGGGUAAACCAGAGGAGGUGGUUACAGAACGGGAAGGAUUGCCUCCCAGUUUUCAGCACCACAUGCAACAAAAUGUCAGCCCAAGUUCAUCCAUCACUGCACCCGAUGACAGAGUUCCAGCUUGCCGCUAAAUCCCCUCGGCCUCGGAUACUUGGAGAGGCUCCGGGAUUUGUGGUCGCAUCGGAAUCACAGAGCAGAAAUUCACCUGACUCCCACACAAAGAAGAAACACUCUGAAUUCACAGUGUUUCUCUUAUUUCUGACUCUUCUCUGUGGUUCUCGUCGCGCCCCGCCCCAUACAUCUAGUGAUUGAGAGUGUGUACGGGUGGCAAAAGAGGAUGAAAAAGAGACUUACCAAGGACUAGCAAUGGGUGCUAAUCUGAAAGGGAUUAUGGAAAGUCUCACACAGAAGGCACUGUCAUCACUGCAAGGAAAUUAUGUGCCAAAACAGAAUUUAAAAGACCCAACUCUGAAUACAGAAUUGUUGUAAAGAGGAAAUGUUCCUGCUGCAACGUUGCUGUAUAUCCGCUCAACACCACUGACCACUGUGAGCCUUGGGAGGGUACAUGUUCACCAAAAAACACUGUAGCAAGAUACUAUAUGCUAAUUAUGCUACACCAUCUAUCUUUUGAUAAUGUUUGUAAAACAUAAUUUUGAAAUUUCAUAAUGUGAUGCUGUUGAAGUGCUGUGCCGCAGCUGACAGAUGGUAGUAUUGCAUAUUGGCACCACUAUUUGGUUAACAAAUUAAAUAGCUUGUGAUUGCAGUCAAAGUUUGUGGCUGCAGCCUUGUUCUGUAUCCACAGGCAGCCGGUACUUCCAAACCAGACAGAUUGUGGCUUUUUUGUCCCCCUUAAUCUGCAAUGAACACCUUAAUUAUGUACACCAGGGUUCGUACAAAGACUCAUAAAAUAAAUGCAUAAUUUAACCAUUAUGUUUUCAAAGUUAGGAUUAUGCUUGAUUUUGAAUAUACUCCAUUAUUUAUUAUUUAUUAUUGAUUAUUUGUUAAGGAUUCUGUUAAAAUGCAUCAGAAAAGUAUUCAAAUCCCAUAGUUGAAAACCAAACAAUUACCAGAAAAUGAAUAUCUAAUUAGUCAAAUAGUAAACCAAAAAUCUUUCUUUUAAUUUUUUCAAUCUUGUCUCCCUGUGUCUCAAACUGGAAGAGCUAACUUGGCUAAUACCUUAAGUCUUUUGAUGAGCCCUUAAUUCUGGAAAUUAGCAAGCAUUAACUAAUUAUGUUUAAGACAUACAAUCAGAUGGUAAAAAGUCAAACAUUAAUUGCUCUGGAUAUAAAUGAACUCAAACGUUAUUUUUCACAAUUCAAAAAGGCUUUCUGAGAAUUUAGUGGUUUCAGUACCUCGACAGUGCUUGAAACAUGCUUGAAUUUUUCUCUUACGAACCCUGGUGCCCAUUCUGUCGUCACACAUGCUGUUUUCUGAAUGUGUAAAACACUGAUUCAAAUAUGGUUUUAUGGAUGUGUGAGAAAUGAAUAGCAGUACUGUGGAAAACUGCUUUUUAAUCCUGAUUUAUUAUUAUUA